AUGGAGAGACCCAACUCCACAUCCGAUGCCCGUUCAGGCCCAGAGUCGCAAGAACCCGCGCUUGGUGACUCCGUCUCGGAUCACGCAUACACACCUUACUGGCAACAUAGCAGUGAUCCCGAUCACUCAGACGACCCAUCCCCGGACCGUCCACCGCCGAUCAUUCUCGAGGAUCAUACUGAAUCUCGAGCCGCCAGCAGAGGUGCCCUUUGGGCAAAGUCCAUCACCAUCGACGACUAUGUCGUUGUCCAUGGCAGCCCUCCGGGAAUUGGAGCGUAUGUCGUGUGGAAUUGCAAAGUCCAGACACUCGAUGGGGGACCCAUGGUCAUUCGUAAACGCUAUUCGGAGUUUGACGAGCUACGGAGCAAGCUGAUCAAAGCAUUCCCUCAAUCGACCAAAACUUCCCUACCGCCAUUACCUCCCAAAAGCGCCAUCUACAAAUUUCGGCCCAAGUUCCUGGAAAGGAGACGUGAAGGUCUGGCCUACUUUCUGAACUGUGUUAUGCUCAAUCCGGAAUAUGCCGGUUCGAAUAUAGUCAAGGACUUCAUCUUUCCACCAGAGUCAUCAUGA